AUGCCGUGCUGCCCGGUGCCCGGGGGUGGGGUUGGGGCUGCCUCCUGGGGAGCUGGAAGCGCGAGAGGCGAAUGGAAGGACGAAGAGCGAACGAUGGCGGCUGCUGCGAUCGCGCAGCUGGAGCUGGUGGCGACGAAUUUGGAGAGAAUCAGACGGCGGGGCGGGGCGAGGGGAAGGGAAAGGAAGCAGGGAAAGAUUUCCGAGGCAUGCUUACGUGAUGUCGCGCACGAAUCUCAGAAUUGGGUGGCAACGUGGACGGAGAAAGAAGCCAUCACGACCCGAGGGAUAUGGUGUAUAAAACGAGGCGGUUGA